AGCAGCCAGGCAUAAGCCACCACAUUGAGAUGGGAGGGCGCAUGUCGAGCGCCUGCGCAGUCCGACCCCUUCAAGACAUGCAAACCGCGCCCAAGCCGACGACGUCAAAGUGAGGGCCGCACGCCGUGACCUGUUUAGAAACCGACCACGAAGACAUCCGAUCUGGCGCAACACAACACUCAUUUCAAGGACGAGUUCGAACGGGUUUCAGCUUGUCUCAGCCCAACAAGAUUGUCCCUCAGCUGGCGAGCAGUGCGACACCCCGCUGGUUCCGACCCCGAGACUCUUCGCCGGGAAGACGGAUGAGAGGGAAAGGCCGGCAGGUUCACGAUCGAGGAGAAGAAUAGACUGCGCCAUCCCUCUGGGUAGCGCAAGGACGAGCCGACAAGGCAGUCUUCGCCGUCCAGAAGUGAAGCCCUUCUCGGAUAUGCCCGAUACGAGGUCUUCAUCAUGGUGAACCUGACAUGCAACUCGACCUUGGAGGAGAUGAGGAUUCUCCCGGACUCCGAGAUACCCAUCGCCGGCCCUCUAACCUUCCACCAACUCGCCUUGGUAAUUGGGGCAGCAUCAACUCUCGUGGCGAUAGUUAUGAGCCUCUACCUGAUCAUGAUGCAUGCUACACAUUACACCAAGCCUCGCGAGCAGAAACACAUCAUCCGCAUCCUCUUCAUGGUACCCGUAUACGCCACCUCUUCGUUCCUCUCGAUACGCUUCUACUGGCACGCCAUCUACUUCCAAGUCCUCAGCGACAGCUACGAGGCCUUUGCCAUCUCGUCCUUCUUCGCCCUGCUCUGCCACUACAUCGCACCGGACCUGCACGAACAGAAGGAGUUCUUCCGCCUCAUGCAGCCGAUAAAACCUUGGGUUUGGCCCUUGAACUGGUUCAAGAAGUGCUGCGGUGGCCAGAGGGGCCCCUGGCGGACCCCCACGAGCGGCUUGACGUGGUUCAACAUCAACUGGAUCGGCAUCUACCACUACUGCUUCAUCAGGGUGGCCAUGACCAUCACCGCCGUCGUCUCGCAGUACUUUGACAGGUACUGCGAGAGUUCGAACAACCCCGUCUUCAGCCAUAUAUGGGUCAUCACGAUCAACGCCCUAGCCGUGACGAUCGCCAUGUACUGCCUGAUCCAGUUCUACGUGCAGCUGCGCACCGCACUGUCAGAACACUCGCCCUUCCUCAAGGUCCUCGCCAUCAAGCUGGUCAUCUUCCUCUCCUUCUGGCAGUCAGCCGCCAUCAGCGUCGGCACCUCGACCCUGAACAUCGUGCGCCCCAACCAGGUGAUCGCCUACCCCGACCUCAAAGUCGGCAUCCCCUCCCUCCUCCUCUGCUUCGAGAUGGCCAUCUUCGCCAUCCUCCACCUCUGGGCCUUCCCCUACCGCCCCUACCUCGCCGCGGCCAAGCCGACCUUCUACCCGUCCCCGGACCCGGCCCUGGGCCUCCCGCCCCGCGAGAAUGAGCACGCCCCCCGCAGCCAGGGCGGCUUCUGGGGGCUCGCCGCCCUCUGGGACGCGCUGAACCUGUGGGACGUGGCCAAGGCCUUCGGCCGCGGCGUCAGGUGGCUCUUCGUCGGCGUCAAGCACCGCCACCAGGACGUCAGCUACCACUCCACCUCGCGCAAGGACAGCGCCGCCGACGAGUCCGUCGACAUGGCCGACCUGGACCUGGCCGGCAAGAGGAGGAACAAGGGGGGGUCCGCCAACGCCGCCGCCGGCCUCGGCGCCGGGCGCCCCGGCGCGAGGAGUACGGACCACCUGCCCAUCGCGAACGAGUUCCGGCGCAGCAGGUACGGCGUGUUGACGGGCUACGGUGGAGCAGGAGCAGGAGCAGGAGCAGGAGCAGGAGGAGGAGGGGUUGGUGGCGGAGUGGAGGAAGGGAUAACGAUAGGGCCCGGCGGCAUCGGCGGCGUGGGAGAGGAGCACGCGGGCCUGAUCGCGCACGCGCAGCCGGAGCCGCACAGCCCCGCGGGCGGCGUGGGCCUCGCCGUGUCGCCGGGCCGGAGGAGGGGCGGGGAUAACCCGUACGACUACGACUACGACGGCGGCGACGGCGACGACUACCACGGGGCGCGGCGGCAGCAGCAACGACAACAACAGCAGGACUACGCGUACCCGCCGGCGGCGGCGCCGUACGGAGGCGUGGCCUCGCUGUCGACGGUCGAGGAGGAGGAGCCCUACGACAGGUCGGGGGCGUACGGUGGUGGCGGCGGGAACCCGCGGAACUCGACGCAGAUCAAGGUCGGUGCUGCGCUGUGGGGGGCGAGGCCGCCCCAGGAGGGCGGACCGAGGUGACGGUAGCGGGGGACGAAAGGGGCGGUAUAUUAAUGAUAUACACAUUUGCAUGAUUUUCUUGUGUUUUGGGCCCGAGGGAGGGAAGAUGGGAAGGAGGGCCAGGUUCCAUAUCACGUUUUCUGAUACCAUUGAGCAUCUUAUCUGCCUCUGUAAAUAGAUCUGGCCGGGGCGUUUUUUUCGACGAGGGGGGAGCCGGGAAAGGGGGGCGACAGCGAUACCACAACCACUGAUGGACAGUUGUUCUGCAAACUUUAGCAUUUGUGAGAAACACGGCAACGCGUAAUACCGGGGUAUCUUUGACAUUUAAGUUCCAGAAAGAAGGCUCCUUGAGACCAAC